GGAAACUAAUAGUUGCCCCUUCAGGAGAGGUAUGGAACUAUGGAUGGCCGCCUUUUAAUGAGGCCUCUCUCUAUCUCUCUUGUAUUCUCACUCUCUGAUUCUUACCCCUCUCUGUAACCUAGUUGCCGAGGGACUGGUAGGCUGCCAUGACUGCGCCUACGCUGACCAGAAGCUCCACAUUCACCUUCUCCCAUGUCCUUAUUCGGCUCUCUACUCAAAAUGCUCUCUCUCUCCCUCUCUCUUCCCGAAAGAAGCAAAUCCAUAUUUUUCAGACUGAAAUCCCCUUCCUUUUCUUCUCUCUCAUUUCCUACAAUUGUUAACGACACCAAAGAAGCAGAUAAAACUAUCGCACGCUUAGGUGUUCUUGGUAGCAGGCUUGGCAACAUAGUGAAAGAGCUUGACGAUGCCCUAAUCAAGAGAACAAGGAAUGCAAACCCACCAAAAACCCUGAUUAAAAGAGACCCAAAUCACACUUUCACUUCCUCUAAAGAAGAAGAAGAGAAUUCGACGAGUGGAGAGGUAAUUGAGGUAUCGCAUCCAUGGCCAGAGUGGAUUGCUUUCGUAGACUCUCUGGUUCAAGGGAAUUACUUUUGCGACAGUGGGUUCGCGAGCGAGAUGUGUUUCUCGCCUAAUUCGUCCAAUGGGGAUUCCCCUUGUGAUGAGAAGAGUCUCACAGUGUUGGCUAAGGGGUUCUCGAAUUUUGGCAGAGAUCGGUCUGACUUGAUAAGAUAUUUAUCUAAAAGAGAUAUUCAGAUUAUGGUGGAACCCGGCUGCCUCAGUCUGAAUCCUAAGGUUAUCACUUCAAGCAAGCGUCUGAGGGCUUAUGUCCAUCUUAAUGAAGGAGACGUUUGUUGCAAAUGCCAUUUAAGGGGCUCGUGCACCAAGUCCUUUGUUAUUCCUAAACAAAAGGAAUCAGCUCGAACCAUCGAUGUGCUAAGACUUUUGUUUCUGUAUGGUUCUGAUCUUCAUAGUCUAUUAACUAAUGGCAGUCUUGAAACGAGGAAGAAUAUCAAGGAAUCUAUCCGUAAACUGCUGCAUCAAAUAGUCGAUUUGAGUAAGCUUCCCCUUGAGAAGGAUGAAAAAGGUUAUCAGCAUCCAACUGGAAAGGUUGGCCGUGAUGAAAUUGAAAUGAGGAAGGGAGAUUGGCUUUGUGAGAAGUGUGAGUUCAUGAACUUUGCAAAGAACAAGAAAUGUUUGCAGUGUGGUGAGCACCAUCCAAAGAGAAAGCUGAAACCAGGAGAGUGGGAGUGCGUGGGAUGUGGCUACAUUAAUUACAGAAGAAACUUGUUUUGCCACAAGUGUGAAUGCAACAGGCCAAAGGAAUCGGAUCGUUAUGUCAAUGCAGAUUCGAUCGACGAUAGCAUACAGUAUAGGGAGUGGAAGUGGAAGUGGAAGAAAGUGAGUGAAGAAGAUGAGGCCUUAGCAGUCCAAUCAGAAGGGCAGAGAGCUCCACUGUCUGAGUCCUUACCAUAUUGAAGCGGUGAAGGAUCGGGUAUAUCUAGAUGCUGAUGAUGAUGAAAUCAAUACAAAAAUUAGGACGAGGUUGGCAUCAUAUAAUGAAGAGGACAUGGAUUUUGAAUGAGUUCGCAGUUGCCAAUCUCUCCCGUUUUGCACCAAGCUGCAUACUUGUAAUAUUGAUGUGGUUGGAUUACUAGUGAGAUUAUGAGCUCAUGCCAUCUGCCAUUCUUUAAUGUUUGAAUGUGGAAAGCGUGUUUUAGAAAA